AUGAAUUCCACGCAAGCAUCUCGUCUCCCGGUCUCAAACCCCGUACAGUCGUUCUGGAAUGCAGACCCAAAGAAGUUUGAUGACUAUCAAAGUACUUCUGCACUACCCUCUGUGGCUGACUUUGUCGUCAUUGGGUCAGGCCUUUCAGGUGUUGCUACAUCUUAUUAUCUUCUGAAAGAUAAUCCCAAUCUCCCUUCUGUGGUGCUUCUUGAGGCAAGACAGAUUUGCUCUGGUGCAACCGGCCGCAAUGGAGGGCAUGUUAAACCUGACACAUACUCCGACAUACCUAAAUUUGCGAAGCUUCUCGGCAUAGAAGCUGCAUCUCAAUUGGCCGAGUUCGAGGCGUCACAUGUCCACGCAGUUAAAGAACUGGUAGAGACGGAGAAGAUUGAUUGCGAUUUCCACAUGACCAGAGCACUUGAUGUUUAUCUGGAUGCGGAUCACGCCAAUGAAGUUGAAUCAACAUACAAAUCUCUCGAGGAACUGGACAUUCUCAAUUUGCGCGAUGUAGCAGUGACUUCAGGAAAGGCUGCGGAGCGGAUAUCCGGCGUGAAGAAUGCAAAAUGCUGUGUGUCCUACACUGCAGCUCACCUGUGGCCAUCCAAGCUUGUGCACCAGCUUGUCGCGAGACUAGUCCAUCAAGGUUUAAACCUGCAGGCCCAUACAGCCGUUUUGUCGGUGUGUCCAUCUAAAGAUCAAGAUUAUCUGUGGACUGUGAGAAGCUCCAGGGGCGAAAUCAAAGCAAAGAAAGUGGUGCAUGCUACCAAUGCCUAUGCAUCCUCAAUCUUGCCGGAAUAUACCAAUGCUAUAACACCUGUCCGAGGCAUCUGUGGCCACAUCGAAAGCCCCUUAGGCACUAAUACGCCUCAUUUGAUCAACACAUACGGAAUCCGGUUUGACACAGUGAAUAACGACUACUUGAUUCCCCGUGCCGACGGAAGCAUUAUCGUUGGUGGGGCCAGACAAGUGUUCUGGCAUCAAAAAGAUCGAUGGUUUGACAAUGUCAAGGACGAUGAAACGAUCGAGGAGGCGGCAACGUACUUCCAUGACUAUAUGCAACGUCACUUUCAAGGAUGGGAAAAGAGUCAGAUGAAAACCACAAGAAUCUGGUCAGGAACAAUCACUCAUGAUAUAGUCUUGGGUUAUAGUUCGGAUUUUAUGCCGCAUGUUGGCGAGGUGCCAGGAAAGAAUGGACAAUUCAUCAUUGCUGGAUUUACAGGAUACGGAAUGCCCAAGAUUCUUCUAUCUGCCAAGAAUCUGGCCGCCAUGAUCAAUACUGGCAUUCCCUUCGAGCAAACAGGGUUACCGCAGGCUUUCAAGAGUACCAAAGAGAGAAUUGAGUCCAAGGAUAAUAUUAUGAAAGACUCAUACAACUCACUUUGGACCAACAAUGCAAAGCUAUAA